ACCUCCAAAGAGUGACCAAGGGUCAGGAACAAGAAAACAAUGUGCAAGUGGUUCGGUGUCAACGUGUACACGGAUAGAUUCAUCACUCUCCUCAACCCUUUCUUCUAACACAUUCAUCCUCAUUUCUUGCUGUACUUUAUCCCCAAUGGAUCCAUUUUCUACGGUUUCCUUCAUCCUAGAGCUUCGAAAAGGAUACGGGUAAUGCGACCCGCAAUUCGAAGGUUAAAUCUAUAGUUCUAUUACAUGCCAAUAAAUUACUUUUAAUUUCAUAGCGUAAAGAAGAAUGAGCCUGGUCAAUAGAGGGGUUUCCGCCAUCGACAAAACACUUACCACAACAACAACCGGAAAGGCAAAAAGUUUAAAUCCAGAUGCUGCAGAAUUCGUCCCGUUCGCUUUACGAUCACCUUCCGGAAACACAAAUGCUGCGAACACAUCGUCAAGUUUUAGCAAGUUCGGAGGUUCAACACAAGGGAAGUCAAUACUAGAUAGGCAAGAAUCGUCUGCGUCAAAUAAUUCAGAUGACACGGCCCACCAGUUCUGGCGGGACCAACUACCUGAUGACAUCACUCCCGACUUUAACAUUGUGGGAGAAGAAGAAUCACAAGGAAUCAACAGUCUUCCUUUUUCGAAUUUAUCGUUAACCGAUGUCAACGGGAACCCAAGGUUAUCCUCUUAUCAAAUCAACGGUAGCGGUUAUACUGAGAAGAAAAGAUAUCUUCCAUCGUAUGGAGAAAAUAAGCCAUGGGAUAUGCACGGUGAUCAGUUGGUUACUGGUUUAGACGAGCUUUAUUACAACGGUGAUGUUGGGCAAGGAUACGUAGAUGACGUGCUUAACGAACAGCAGAUGGAGGGUAUGGAAGUAAAUUCACUUGAGUUUUUGGCUUCUCAGUUUCCAGGGUUUGCGGCUGAAAGUCUUGCUGAGGUUUAUUAUGCAAAUGGGUGCGACUUGAAUUUGACGAUUGAGAUGCUUACUCAGCUUGAGCUUCAGGUAGAUAACGGUCUGAACCAGAAUCUAAAUUCCAAGGCGUUAUCAGCUUCAGCUCCGAAUCUCAGUGCUAUGGAUUUCCCCGCACUUUCUCCUACCGAUAAUCAUAAUAACGUGGCAACGUUUUCCAGACACAAUCAGCAGCAGAAUAUUAAUGAUUAUCGUUCUUUGGAGAAAGAAUUACUCAUGUUUAAAUCUUCCUCAACCGCUCCAUCUUUAGGCGCUACAGAUUUUGCUGCUGCGGUUAGAAAAAUGGCGUCGCAAGACUCGAGCAUAUGGAAGUACGAUAAAAACCCUUCUCCGAACUCCUUUACUGGAUCUAGUAGAAGUUCUCAUAGCUUAGCUGGCGGGCAUGGAAGAAGUGGCAGUUAUGGGGAUCGGUUGGUUAAUGUUAAUCGGAGUUCAACACGUUCGGCUCCUGUCUGGCUUGAAACUGGUGAAGCAGUCGCAAAUAUGUAUUCGGAAAUGCGGGGCGAAGCUCGUGAUCAUGCGCGUCUACGCAACGCGUAUUUUGAACAGGCCCGGCAGGCUUACCUUGUCGGCAACAAGGCUUUAGCUAAGGAACUGAGUCUAAAAGGGCAAUUACACAACAUGCAAAUGAAGGCUGCUCAUGAAAAGGCUCAAGAGUCUAUUUACUUUCAGAGGAACCCAGCAAGUCUAGAUAUGCAAGGAAACGGAAGAGGACAAGAAAGGAUGAUCGAUCUGCACGGGCUACAUGUGAGUGAAGCGCUUCAUGUCCUAAAACGAGAUCUCACCACACUAAGAAACAUCGCCAGGUCAGCAGGGCAGCGGAUGCAAGUCUACAUAUGUGUUGGAACAGGCCACCACACAAAAGGGACCCGCACUCCAGCUAGGCUCCCAGUUGCUGUUCAAAGAUACCUCCUGGAGGAAGAAGGGCUCGACUACUCUGAACCCCAGCCCGGACUUCUACGGGUUGUGCUAUAUUGAUAAAAAAAAUCUUGGAAGUAUACGCGCUUUUUGACACCACAAAAAAAAAAAAAAAUAAAAAAAAAAAUAACCCGUUUUAAAAAAAAAAAUCAAGGUUUAUGAAAAAGGAGCGAAAAAAUGAAAUUGUUGUAGGUGUACAUGGUGGAAGUAAGGGCUAUGAGAUAGAUUAGUGUAUCUGUGUGUAUUAUAAAGGUGUAAUCAUCCAACAACAGAAUUACCUUUUGGUAGGGAGGUUUUUGAUCAGUCACAAACAUCAGUGACUUGUAUUUUUUUUUUUUUUUUUUUGGCUGUAGGUGUAGAAGUGUAAUAGAUUGUUUGAUGUGAUACUGUAAAAUGUGAUGCAAAUUACAUAAACUUGUCGAUCAUCAAAUCUCGUGAUGUUGUCGAUUUGAACUGCAACCAAUGUUCUUGAUGGAAGGUAUUGGGCCUUAAAAGAGUA